AUGAGUUCAUCAAGCAGUUUAGGUUCAUCUGCUGCAAGUGCUUCUGCUCCUUCCAUUGAUAAAUCUGGAGAUGAAAAUGCUCCUCUUUGGGCCUAUGUUAUAAAAUUAGUUAAAAAGGGAGAAGGAGGAAGUGGUAAUACAAAAUUUAAGUGUAAUUUUUGUAACAUUGAGUACCAAGGGUCAUGUUCUAGAGUUAGAGCCCAUUUGUUGCUACUUACUGGCCAUGGAAUUAGAGUGUGUGCAACUGUGAAGAACAAGAGUGAUCUUCUUUCUGAAAUUCGAAAGGUAGAUCAAGAAGCUGAGAACCGGGAAAAAAUGGCAAAGCCAAAAAAUGUUCCUUUACCACCUCCAUCUUCUCAAAUUAGUGCUAGCCACGGCAGUGUAGAAGAUGUUGGAACAUUUAGAAUGGAAGGUUAUGCACCAAGAGAGAGAAAGUCAAUUGGGAGUAGUCCUUUAGAUAGGGCAUUCAAUCAAAGUUCUAGAGAGCAUUUACAUUCUUUAAUUGCCUGUAUGUUCUAUUCAGCUGGUUUGCCUUUCCAUUUGGCUAGGAAUCCAUACUUUGUGGAUGCUUUUCAAUAUGCUACUGAGAAUCAAAUUGUUGGGUAUGUCCCUCUUGGAUAUAAUUUGUUGAGGACUACCUUACUUCAAAAAGAAAGGGCAAAUAUUGAAAGGUUAUUGGAACCAACUAAGAAGUCAUGGGAUGAAAAGGGGUUGAGUAUAGUAUCUGAUGGAUGGACUGAUGCACAAAGGAGGCCUCUCAUUAAUUUUAUGGCAGCAUGUAAUGGUGGAGUUAUGUUUAUAAAAGCUGUAAAUUGUGAGGGUGAGACCAAGGACAAGUACCAUAUUGCCAAAUUAAUCAGUGAAGUGAUUGAUGAAGUGGGUCCUAAUAAUGUAAUUCAGGUAAUUAUUGAUAAUGCUCCAGUUUGUAGUGCAGCUGGAUCAAUUAUUCAAGGUAAUUAUCCGAAGAUCUUUUGGACACCUUGUGUAGUUCACACUCUUAAUCUUGCUCUUAAGAACAUUUGUGCUGCGAAGGAAGUUGGAGUUGCCGCAUAUGCUUAUGAUGAAUGCCAUUGGAUCACUACUGUGAUUGAUGAUGUAAUGUUUGUGAAAAAUUUCAUCAUGAAUCAUUCUAUGAGAUUAUCUAUUUUUAAUGAGUUUGUACCUUUGAAGCUACUUUCUGUUGCAGAUACACGCUUUGCAUCUGCAAUUGUUAUGCCAAAAAGGUUUAAACUUAUAUAUCAUGGUCUCCAAACAAUGGUCAUAAGUGACAAAUGGACUUCUUACAAGGAAGAUGAUGUUGGGAAAGCAGCUGUUGUAAAGGAAAAGUUGUUGAAUGAUGUUUGGUGGGAUAAGAUUGAAUAUAUACUCUCAUUCACAUUGUCUAUUUAUGAGAUGCUUAGAUUUUGUGACACUAAUAAGCCAUGUCUACAUUUGGUUUAUGAGAUGUGGGAUUCAAUGACUGAACGGGUGAAGGCAUCCAUCUAUAGGGGUGAAAGGAAGUCAGAAAAUGAAGAGUCAUCCUUUUAUUCUGUAGUGCAUCAAAUAUUAGUGGAAAGGUGGACAAAAAGUAGCACACCUCUUCAUUGCCUUGCUCAUUCCUUGAAUCCAAGGUAUUAUAGUGGGAUGUGGCUUCAUGAAAAUCCCAUUUGUGUUCCUCCUCACAAAGAUGUUGAAAUUUUUGAGAUGAGAAUCAAGUGUUUUAAGAGAUACUUUCCUGAUUCAGAUGAGAGAAGGGUUGUUAAUACAGAGUAUGCGAAGUUUUCAGGUUGUUUGGAUAGUUUUAGUGACUCUGACUCAAUAUGUGAUAGAGGAGUAAUGGAACCAGUGGUUUGGUGGUUGGCACAUGGCUUUUCUGCACCUAUGCUCCAAUCCUUGGCAGUGAAAUUACUUAGCCAACCAUGUUCCUCAUCAUGUUGUGAAAGGAAUUGGAGCACCUACUCUUUCAUUCACUCUAUGGAGAGGAAUAAAAUGACACCACAACGGUGCGAGGAUUUGGUUUUUGUGCACUCCAAUAUUCACCUCUUAUCAAGGAGGAGUCAACUAUACACAGAAGGAGAGACCAAGUUAUGGGACGUUGGGGGAGAUGCAUUUGAUUCAUUGGAGGGUUCUGGUUUCCUUGAAAUUGUAAAUCUUUCACUUGAUGAGCCAGAGAUGGAAGCUAUUUUAUUCAAUGAUGAAGUUGAUGAAAGUGAACUUUGAAGUGUCAAGUUUAGAUAUAUAGGACUUUCUUUUGUUUUUUUUUUUCCUUUGCUUGUGUUAUGGACUGAAUUAGCCUUGUUUUUCUUUUGGUGUUGGUUGUUUUUCCUUUGCUUGGAUUAUGGACUGAAUUGGUGUUGGUUAUGUUAUGUUGAAUUCAAAUAUAUUAAUAUUUAUCUUUUAGUUUUAUAGUUCUCUUUUUAGUUUUGAUAUUUAACUUCAAUUUGUAGGUUGGAUCUUUUAACCAUAAUUAUAAAAAAUAAAAAAAUAUCGGCGUACCGCAGCC